AAGCCGCGUUCAUCUGCAUAUUCAUGAGGUAGGCGGUGCUCAUGGGAGAUAUAUAAGCGGAAGCGCAGGCAAACCGCCGCGUAGUUCGCGUUGGGACUUCGAAGGUUGUAAUUUGAUCUCCGUUGCUGCUAAACUACAUCGAUAAGAAAUGGCAUCAGAUGAGGGAAAAUUAUUUGUUGGUGGACUCAGUUUUGACACCAAUGAACAAUCACUUGAACAAGUUUUCUCUAAAUAUGGACAGAUAUCCGAAGUUGUUGUUGUAAAAGACAGAGAAACCCAGAGGUCAAGAGGAUUUGGCUUUGUAACUUUUGAGAAUAUUGAUGAUGCAAAAGAUGCGAUGAUGGCCAUGAAUGGGAAGUCUGUCGAUGGCCGCCAGAUCAGAGUUGAUCAAGCGGGCAAGUCAUCUGAAAACCGGUCUCGUGGAUAUAGAGGGGGAUCGGCUGGAGGCCGGGGCUUCUUCCGUGGAGGCCGAGGUAGAGGCCGUGGAUUCUCUAGAGGAACUGGUGGAGACAGAGGUUAUGGGGGCAGCAGAUUUGAAUCCAGAAGUGGGGGAUACAGUGGAUCCAGAGACUAUUAUGGAAGCAGCAGAAGUCAAGGGAGCUAUGGAGACAGGCCUUCGGGAGGGUCCUACAGAGACAGCUAUGACAGUUACGCUACACACAACGAGUAAAAAACCUUCCUGCCUCAAGAUCGUCCUUCCAUUGGCUGUAUUUAUAAAGAUUUUUGGAGCUUCGCUGAAAUCGUUCUUGUGUAGUCAUCUCCUUUGUAUUCUCACUUUUGUAGUAAAAUCGCAAUUCUGAUCUUGUCAAUAACACAGCCUUGACAGCUUCUAAUAUGUGAUGGUCUGUUCAGACUCAAAGAAAGCUCUGGGUUUUUCUCUCGAGUGUUUUAAUUUUUUUAAAGCACUUAAGAUUUUAGUUCAUUUGUGAGCAAAGGCGUGUAUGUGUCUUAGUUUUUUGUUUU